CACACACUACACAGUGACUUAUCUGUUUGUCUGUCCGCCGGGUCGUCCUCGCGACGUCUUAAGUCGAAUGGUCGUAUUCAAAUCGAAAAGGUCUAUCCGCGCGCGCUCACUUGUUGCACUUGUUGCACUGUUAUCGUGGAAAUGACGACCGCCGCAACACAGCCGUCUUGACAUGCACACAUUUUGGAUAUUUUCCUUGUUGGCGGCCUCGGCGUUUACGGCCGUCGCUUGCGAUGACUUACUAGAAGACUUCCCGUUGGACGACGGUGGUGGUUCGGUCAACAACGAAAACGGCGACUUGCCAAACACAACAGCGGCGGACGGCGUCGGGGCGACCAUCGAUCCGAACAGCGUCGAGCCAGACAGCGAUGCGGCACCGGAUGGUUCCGUGAACAUGGCCGACCGCAAGGCGGACGUGAUGCAGAAGCUGGUGCAGUCGGCGAUGCGCGUGCCCGGCAUGAAGGAGAGACUGGCCCAAGUGGUGCCCAUCAUCAAGGCCAUGACGCCCGCGCAAAGGUUGGCGCUAGCCGGCAUGGUCAUGGGCAAAGGUCAAAUGCACAACCUCCGCGACAAAGCGAUGAACGCUCAGCUGUUGCUUCCCAUAAGUUCGGACAUAGCGUCCAUGCUUAGGACCGCGAACGCCGGCGGCAACAACGGCGACGACUCGUCGGCCAGGGCGUCUAGUUACGGGUCGUAUCAUCUGCCGGGCUCACCUUACCCGUCUAAUCGUUUGCGCCUGCCAAACUCGUUGAUCCGCCGGUAUCCGCAACGGAUUCCUGAGCCACCGGCCAAGAAAAGACCAUACUUGCCCAUAUCCGUGCCCAGACGUCCGGCUAAAAUAACCGAGCACGUGAUUGCCACGCCAGAAAGCCCGUUGGACGACUGCGAAUUGUUCGGCGACAACAUUUGCAUAAGCGUGCAAUCCUAUCCCGAUCUUGAAAUCAUCGAAAGCAUUGAAGACACAGCCAAUAGCAAAACGGCGUUUCAAGCUCUGACCAAAGAUCCUAAAUUUAAUUUGACUAGUGCAUUUGAUGCUAACAUAGCCGAAAGGCGUGCCGACGAUACCCCGGAAGAUGCUAUCUGCCAGAGCCACGUGACUAUCGCAAGACCGAAAAAAGCCAGAUCCACCAACGGCCAGUGGAAAUAUGUGGUAAACACAGACGAGUACGUUCAGACGUUGCGGCUCGAGAAAUGCUUAAAACCCGACACUCGGUGUUCGCACGUUUCCACCAAGUUCAAGUCGACGUGCCGUCAGGUGUACAACUAUCAUAGGCUGCUCACCUGGGAUCAUUUCUCCGGACUUACCAUGGACAUAUUCAAAGUGCCCACGUGUUGCUCGUGUCACCUUCAAGAGUUGAAUCCGUUGACUUCGGAAAGUUUGGAUUCGCACAACUCCGUGUCGGAAGACUUACACACGCAGUCUUCGAACACCAAUCCAAAGAAGUUGCUGUCGGUCAAACGGCUGCCCAUACCGCCGUCUGGUCCUGUCCAGUAUGCAGUCCACGAAACCCUUCCUGCCAAGUACCCGCCGGUCACGAGAAGGCCUUACAAGAAAAAUCGAAAUAGGUCGACCACCACCACCCAAAUUGUGAUGACCGAACCUCCAGGGAUGCAACCGACCACCAGGACCAAUUACAACUACCACCCAAUCAUGGAAUACUUUGUUUCCCCUCAGCCCACACCGCCGGAAGUCCGGGCCCAGGACGUGGUGCAGCGCAAAGCCGACCUGAUGGCUCCCAACGAAUUCCAGGCCGCCAGCAGCGGUUGGAAUCCCAUGAUGGACGAAUUCGGUCCCAGGUCGUUGAGAUGAAACGCGUGACUCUAACUGUUUUCUUUUUUUAUUAUUUAUUUUUUAAAUACACUUAAUUUUUUUUUAUA